UGCGCAGCCUUGGCUCCUACGUGUCCUACGCGUCUCUGUACAACAGUGCGGGGUGCGGGGACAGCUGGGAAGAUGGCGGGUGUGGGCAUGGCCGCUGUGGCUGCUUGGGUACCUUGUCGGAGCUGGGGCUGGGCAGCUGUCUCCUUCGGCCCCUGCCGUGGCCUCAGCGCGUUACUUGCACGGAUGCCCCAGCGGGCGCCACGGUGGCUCCCAGCUUGCAGACAAAAGACAUCAUUCUCUUUCCUUAAUCGACCAGACCUUCCAAGCCUGGCUUAUAAGAGACUAAAAGGCAAAAGUCCAGGAAUAAUCUUCCUCCCUGGCUAUCUUUCUAAUAUGAAUGGUACAAAAGCUUUGGCGAUUGAGGAGUUUUGCAAAUCUCUAGGUCACGCCUAUAUAAGAUUUGAUUACUCAGGAGUUGGAAAUUCAGGUGGUAACUUAGAAGAAAGCACAGUGGGGAAAUGGAGAAAAGAUGUUCUUUCUAUAAUUGAUGACUUAGCUGAGGGACCACAGAUACUAGUUGGAAGUAGCCUUGGUGGAUGGCUUAUGCUUCAUGCCGCAAUUGCACGGCCAGAAAAAGUCAUGGCUCUUAUUGGUGUAGCUACAGCUGCAGAUGGCUUAGUGACACAGUUUAAUCAGCUUCCUGUUGAGCUAAAAAAGGAAGUAGAGAUGAAAGGCGUGUGGUCCAUGCCAUCAAAAUACCAUGAAGAAGGAGUUUAUCACGUUCGGUACAGUUUCAUUAAAGAAGCUGAACACCACUGCUUAUUACAUAGCCCGAUUCCUGUGAACUGCCCUAUAAGAUUGCUCCAUGGCAUGAAGGAUGACAUUGUACCUUGGCAUACAUCCAUGCAGGUCGCUGACCGAGUGGUCAGCACAGAUGUAGAUGUCAUUCUCCGAAAACAUAGUGAUCACCGAAUGAAGGAAAAAGCAGACAUUCAACUUCUUGUUUACACUAUUGAUGACUUAAUUGACAAGCUUUCAACUAGUUAACUAGUGUCACAUUUUUAAUUGGUACAUAAACUAAUGUAUCCAGAAGAUUAGAAGAGGGAUAAAAGAUGAAAAGAUCCUUAUACUUGGGUUUUUCCUCUCUUACCUCUAUUUUGUAAAUAUCAGAUGAGUAUUUAUUUAAUGAUGUAUUUGCACAAGUAAUGUAAAUUGUGUAGAAAGUACCAGCUGCUGUUUAGGAAAUUUUCUCCUUCAAUCCUUGAUUUUUUUUCAUUAAAAUAUUUAUUUUUUUAUUCAA